AUGCCACGUAUUCAUCGUGCUUUGAUUUCUUUUGAUCCCGAGAUUGAAAAAACAGAGCGUGCACUAAGGAAACAGAAGAGGUUGGAGCAAAUACAAGAGCUACCAUAUUUUGGUUUGGAGUACAUCUUCUCUGAAGAAUCUGACAAUAAACCAUUAGAGAUGGGGGAUAACAACAACGAAAAGCCACUACGUGACUACGCAAUGUCGAAUGCUAGUGGAGCCUCUUCAAGUAUUGUAAGACCUACUAUUUCUCCUAAUAAUUUUGAGCUUCGCCCUGCCUUAAUUCAAAUAAUUCAACAAGACCAAUUUAGUGGCCUAGAUGAUGAAGACCCUAAUGAACAUAUAACCACUUUUCUUGAAAAAUGCGAUACUGUUAAGUUAAAUGGAGUGACUGACGAUGUUAUUCGACUUGGGUUGUUUCCGUUUUCACUUAAAGAUAAAGCUAAAAUGUGGUUAAAAUCUAAUCCACCUAAUUCAUUUACGACAUGGGCUACAUUAUCUCAAGCUUUUCUUAGUAAAUAUUUUCCCUCGGGAAAAACUGCUAAGUUUAGAAAUAAUAAAACUAGUUUUUUUCAACUUGAUGGGGAGUCUUUAUAUGAAGCAUGGGAAAGGUUUAAAGAUUUACAACGUAAAUAUCCUCAUCAUGGUGUUCCUGAUUGGUUGCUUGUGCAAACUUUUUAUAAUGGUCUGAAUGAAUCUGUUAGGAUAACUAUAGAUACAGCCGCCGGAGGUGCAAUAAUGGGUAAAACUACUGAAGUAGCUAAUAGGUUACUUGAAGAGAUGGCUUCUAAUAAUUAUCAUUGGUCUAAUAAUAGGGGUAAAGCAAAGAAUGCUGCUGGUAUGUAUGAAGUAGAAGGAAUUAACAUGUUAAAUGCAAAAGUUGACAACUUAGUUAAUUUGUUUACUAAAAUGAGUAAUGUCAAUUCUAUGUCUACUACAAUGCCAUGUAAUUUGUGUGGAGGUGCUCAUUUAACUGCUGAAUGUGCUAAUGUGGAGCAAGCUCAAUAUGUUUCUAAUUUUAAUAAGCACCCACAAAAUGAUCCCUAUUCUAAUACUUAUAAUCCAGGCUGGAGAAACCAUCCUAAUUUCUCUCGGAGGAAUUCAGGCCAAAAAAAUGUUAAUGUUAAUUCACAACAUCAACCUGGCUUUCAUCAAAAACAACCCCAACAAGAAAUUAGACCAUCAUGGGAGUUGGCUACUGAAAAAUUAGCUAAUGCUACUUCUGAAAGAAUUGAAAAGUUGGAAACUAAAAUUGAUCAAAUUGCUAUUUCUAAUAGAAAUGUAGAACUUCAACUUGGACAGUUAGCUACUGCCAUUAAUUCUAGAAAUCAAGGAGCUUUGCCUAGUAAAACUGAAGUUAAUCCUAAACAACAUUGCAAUGCUGUGACUCUUAGAAAUGGUAAGGAGUUAAGUAACAUAAAAAGUACGAUGAAAGAAAAUGAGGUCGCCAAUGAAAGUGAAAAAGAGAAGGAGAAUUAUGAAACUGAAAAAGAUCCUGAAUUGACACCUUCUCCCCCAUUGAGACCUUAUGUUCCCCCUAUUCCUUUUCCACAAAGACUUAAACAAACUUACCUCCCUAUUCCUUUUCCACAAAGACCUUAUGUUCCCCCUAUUCCUGUGGCGCAAUUCGAUUACUCUUAUGUUGGGCCCAGUUGA